CGCACAUUGACGGUGACAUUGUGGUUGUGACAUUGUCCUUGUCUUGACUUGAGGCUCUGAGACAAAACACCAGGAUUUUCUCAGAAUGUAGUCUUGUCGGUCUGGACCAUUUUAAAUGGAUUACCAUCUAUCAUUUUAAAGACUGACCAGAAGACAUGGCAGUAAAACAGAAAUUAAAAGAUCCAAAUGUAUGCCGAGUCUUCUUCUCCUCUCCGUUUCUUGGGAUGGAAAAAGAAAGAGAGGAGCUGACGAAGCUCUACUUUCCCAAGCUUCGCCAUUUAUGCAGUUCGAAGGGAAUACAAUUUGCUGCAGUUGACAUGAGAUGGGGUAUUACAGAAGAAUCCUCCCAAUCUUCUAAAACCAUCGAAAUCUGCCUCAGGGAACUCGAUAGGUCGGAUAUUUUUGUUGGCUUUUUUGGACAGAGGUAUGGCUGGUGUGGUGUGAAUGAUGAUGCACUGCAAGAAAACUUCAAUGUUGCCCUCCCCCACUUUCCGUGGUUGGAUAAGUUCCGAGACAAGGGCGUGACAGAGCUUGAAUUCCUUCAUGGUUUCCUGAAUAAUCCCGGGGAAAGGCCAGCAUGUGUCUGCUUCAGGGACAAGUCAUGGGAUGACAAGUUAAAGGCUCAGGCUGAGGCAAAAGGGGAUGCAAGGGGUGCUGCAAAGUAUACAUCUGAGAAUGAACAUGCAGUCUUCAUGAUGAACGACCUCAAGAAGAGAGUGGUAGAAGUUGAAGAAAAGUGCCUCGCUGUUGACAUGUCCUACUGUACACCAGAAGAGGGUGCUAAGUUCAUGUUCAAUGCCAUCUGGAAGUACAUGAGUGAAGAAUUGCUAGUUGAUCCAUCAGGCAUUGAUUUGGAACCAUCGCAGCAGCAAAAAUUACAACAUGAUGCAUUCUGUGACAGUCAUUGCGGUCUCUUUAUUGGUGGAAACGACUACAUGAAUAUUCUGGAUGUGGCUGUGCAUGAUGAGGAGUCUAAAGGAAUUGUUGUCUUUGGAGAACCUGGGGUCGGCAAAUCUGCAUUACUGAGUAACUGGAUUAAACAGAAGAAGGAGGACAAGGAUUUUGGUUUUGUUGGCUCUCAUUUCAUUGGCUUUCCUGAUCAAAGCACAGAUAUCAAGAAUAUUGUCAAUCGAAUGUCACAGUUGCUCUCCCUACAAUACCACAAGGAUGGUGAUGACGAGUUUCAGUUGAAGGAUGAGGUUGCUACGGCAGUAGGCCAGUUUAAAACAAUGUUAGAUUCUGCUGCUGAGCGUGUUGACCCAGGGAAGAAUAUCUGCCUAGUGAUUGAUGGAUUAGAGAAGGUAGAAGACAAACGGAAAGUAGGGAAGCCCUUAUAUUGGAUUCCAUCUACCCUUCCACCGAGCGUCUCUGUAAUUGUCGCAACGGUCUCUACUGAUGUCAGUACGAUUCAGGAGCUUGUUGAGGCCAGAGGCUACUCCACAUGUAAGAUUGAAGGUUUGAACAUGGAAGACAAGAAAAAGAUGUGCUUGGGUGUGUUACAAUCGAACAGCAAGGAUCUCCCAGGCGACCAAAUGGACAUGAUUGUUGCCCCUGAACAGACAAAGAAUCCAUUGUAUCUCAAGGUGGUGAUGCAGGAAUUGUGCGUGGUGGACUACUACAGAAAAAUCAAGGGAAAGAUUGAGUAUCUGUUAACAUCAGACAACAUCCAGUCAUUAUUUGAUAAAUUACUUGAAAGGCUUGAGCAAGAUUACAAUACGAGUGAUCACCCACAUAUUGUACAGGACGUUGCGUGCUCUCUGUUUGCCUGCCAUUACGGCCUCUCAGAAGAAGAACUCAUUGAAUCACUAGAUAUUCCCUCUAAUAUUUGGAUACCACUGCACUUUGCCUUGAACCUGUUCCUCCUACAACACUCGGGGCUCCUUUGCUUUGCCUACUCAGAACUGAGGGAAGCAGUCCAUGACAGGUACUUGAAGAGUGUGGAGACGCAUGAGAGAUAUACUAGACAGAUCUUGUGGUACUUCUUGAUGAAAUACAAUCAGAGUCGUGGUGAAAGUCUGAACAGCCUGCCCAUGCAGCACGUGGUUCGUGAACUAACCUGGCUCCUCUCAGAAGUGAAGGACUCGAAGGUACUCGGAGAUGUCCUCACAGAUCUUCGGGUAUUCAAACAUCUUUACAGUUAUGACAGGUAUAUGGUUCUAGAGUACUGGCAGAGCACAAUGAUCCCUGGGGACAAGAUAGCAGUUGGUUAUGUGAAGGCAAUGAAACAGGCAGUGGUCGAUACUUACGUUGAACAACUUGAUGGUUAUGAGGAACUAAAUCCGGCGUGGACUGUUUAUAAAGAAUACGCUGAUCAGUUAUUGGCACUUAUUGAUGGCCUUGCGAGCUUCAAAGGCAGGGAGAUACUGCUCUACUAUUACCAAGACGUGCUGAGAAAGGUGAAAUUGGACAGAAUCGAGAAAGAAGACUUGUUACUGGGGAAUCAUUACCGUCUUGCUGUUCUAUAUACUGAUAUGCACAAGAACAAAGAAGCUGAAGAGCUCUUCACGAGUUUGCUGAAAAAAUAUGAAAGGAAAUCGAUCUCAACUGAUGAGCAGAGACUUUCGCUUGGUGAUCUCUACCAUCUCGUUGGCGUCUUUUACAUGAAUGCAAAAAAAUGGAUAGAGGCAAAUGAAUGGUUUGGGAAGGCUCAUGCAAUCUAUAGGAAGAUGACGGGUCUUAUAUUGGCCAAAGGCGUUUUGUUGAACAACUUGGGAGUAGUCAACCUGGAAUUGGCUAACUAUGAAUCAGCCGAAGAAUGCUUUGAGAUCUCACUGAAGUUGUAUGAACAAUAUUAUUUUGGAGAGUUGCCUCCAGAUAUCGGUAUGGCCAUGCAGAACCUGGCCUUGUGUCACAGGAGGCAGGGAAAGAAUGAUCAAGCAAAGACCACCUAUGAAAAGUGCUUGAAGAUAACAAAAGAGGCUCUUGGUUUAAAUCAUCCCCAUGUUGCCAAAAUUUACUUGAACCAGGGAAUGCUUGCCAAUAUCGCAGAAGAUUUUGGAGAGUCUGAGAGACUGUACAGACUGGCUUUUGACAUCUUUAAGGGUCUGUACCCAGCUGAUCACGCGGAUGUUAUCAUUGCUCAAGAAAAUGUCGCACAGGCGCUGUUGUCCCAGGGAAGGUGGGAGGAAGCCGAGGAGUUGUUUUGGGAUGCAUUCAGUGUCCUAGUAAAACAGGAUCGCAUACAGCAUGGACUCCCACACAUGCAAGCCAUGUUUGCUGAUCAUUACUACCACCUUGGCUGUAAUAACACAGACGGUAAGCAGCAGCGAGAUCAACUAGAAAUGGCGAGGACGAUCCUGAUAAAGCAUUUACCUUACACGAAGUAUCCCUUGAUGUACCAUCGACUCUCCCACAUUGAUUUGAUUCUGCCCCCAGACAAUCCAAGAGAACCUCAUCUCACCCUUGAUGCCGGAAUAGAAAGAUUUCCUGAUAGUGAGUUGUUAGUGGAAACCAAGUUUAAGAGUGGUAUCGCAGAAACAGGAAGUCUGGAUGAAGUCUUAGCAUUCGCAACCAAAAUUCAAGAUCAUUUUCCUGCCCCGAAAAUCCUUCUCCAGUUCAUGGUUUGGUUGGAGGAUAUGCGGUGUCAUGACCUGGGUAUGGAGCUAGCAAAACACGUACUGACAUUGGUUCCGGCUGAUAGUCUCUACGAAAGAUGUGUCACUGAAUUCGAAGAUGAAAAACUUCAGAAACUCCUUCAGCCUAUUAUCAACACACUCUCCAAUCUCAAGGAUUACACCAAUGUUUUUCCGUUCGCCCAAAAGCUUGCCGAACUCUUGCCAGAUGACAUCCAAAUCCAAAUGUCUUGGUUCAAGUCGGCCGUAUUGGUGAUGAAGUUUGAUGUUGCACGAAAAGCUAUAAGCCACAUGACAGAGCAUUGGGUGGACGAUGAACAGGUUCAGAAGGAUAUGAUCAACUUUACCAAAGCUGUUGACUGGAGUGAGGAAGAAAUGAAAAAGGAACAGUCUGAAUCAAACGAAGAAACAGAAGUUGUUGAACCAACUAUUUGAUCAAUUGUAAAGAAGGCCAGUGAUGUCAAUGUUCUGUAGCUACAUUGUAAAUAGAAAAUACUGCAGGCCUGCUUGUGCAGAAAUAUGAUAUGGAAAGAGUGAUGGAAAUGCAUAAUUUGAAGCCAGGCUUUUAUUUUUAUAUGUUCCACUUUUACAUGUAUAGAUAGGUCUAUCAGAUUAUAACAUUGUUAUUAUCUUUUAUGGAGUAGCCUAUUUUAGAUUAGAAAACAGAUUUAUUCUUGCCAUUAUUGGGAAGGUAUGUUUUGCCAUAUGUCUUGGUUGUUUUUACCCAAGUCAUUUAUAAUUUGUAUUGUAUUGUGAUUACUGUUAUUACAGAGAUUUUAGCAAGGCAUUGUAAGAAUACAGACUUGUGAUCAUGAGUUAUUGAACAAUGAUACUUGUACACUGACUCUGGUAUAAGUAACCCAGUUUAUUUUGUUAAAGCAGUCUGUGUUUGUCAUGCUUGGAUAUCACGACAUUGAUUAAUUUCACAUUAUAGUAAAUACAUGUUUACCCACAUUUUGCAAUUGUAAUAUUGAUGUGAAAAUUUAAAGGCAUUGUUUUUUUUUCAAGCACCUGUGUACAAAACUUGAACAUUCCAUUAGGUGUGAAAUAUUUUUGUUAUUUUUGCCAUAACUUCAACUUCCUUGUACAUUGUACACACACCUGGUUCAGUGCAUGUCCUCCUUUGGAUAAGGUGUUCUGUAACCUGGAAAAAUUAUUACACCAUUCAUUUAGAAAUUACAUGUAUCCAUAUUAUUAUAAUAAAUGUUUAUCAAAAGUUAA